AAGGGAAGGGAUCGAAAUCCCGAUCUUUUCGUCCCUUUUUAGCCUCCUUCGAACACCGCGAUCUUGAUUGAAAUCCUCCUCCAAUUCCUCCGAUUCUUCUUCUUGAUCUUGGUAUUGAUCUUCUUUUCAAUCUAUUCAUGUUCUUCUCUUCUGAUUGAUAUCGAUUUCUCUUCUUGCCGUGGUCGGGAGUAGGUUCUAGGGUUAGGGUUUCGUACCUUUUGUUUUUCGUAAUCUUCGUUGGAAAUCGAUCAAUCGGUUUCCUAAAUAUACUUUCUUUUGGUGUUUGUUGGCUUUUCCCUCUGUUAAUUGAUUCGAUUUUGCUUUUUGUCGAACGUUGAAAUCGAAAUCUAGGGUUAGGUUUUUUUGAAAUCUUCCCCGUUCUCACCAAUAGAUCUUUUGCUUCUGUAUAGGUUCAAUUCUGAAAUCCCAACCCUUUUCAUGCUUCAAUUGCUUACAAUUUUACCGAUUUGAUUGCUUUGCCAGUGAUUCCAUCUAGGGUUUGUCAUUUUUAGGGUUAUGCAAAUUUGAAGUUUUGGGAAAUUUUUCAAAUCCUUUGCAAAAGCUUGUGGGUAGUUGCUCUUGAAUAGACAACUUCACUGUAGUUUAAGUAUGUUGAUCCAGCAUAACAAGCGGCCUUUUGCUGAUGAUGAUACCCUCCAAUUACCUUACAAGCAAUCGAGGCAGUCAAGUUACGAUAGCCCAUUUUGUGUAGAGUUUAUUAAUGGAUAUGGCCCUGAGAAAUCACUAAACUCAGAUGCGGAUCAUGGUAGUCAGCUAAGUGCAUUCCAAACAAUCCCUCUGACCAGUAGGUCUUCUGGGAGGCCAACUACUUCGGUACUUUCAGUUCCUGCUAGUAAAACCAUGGAAGAUAUUAGGGUUGAUGCUGGCAAUCUAGCUGAAGCUGCUCAUGGCAUCCCAUCCAGCUUAUCAUGGGCCAGAUGUAACAGAUAUGAAGCCGACAUUUGUUUUGAUCCACCCAUUCUGAGAUGUGUUCCCGUUGGACCAGAUCAUCAAGCAGACAUCCCUGUAUGGGUUCCGAGUUCUUCCAAGAAUUCCUCUGGACCUGCAUGUGCGGAAUCUACAAUUAAUCAAAAUAAUGGAGACACCACUGAUAAGUGGGUAGGGACUUGCAUCAUCCCAAUGCCUGAUUUUGAUUUGCUAAAAACUUUGGAGGAUGUUGGAGCUGGGCGUCGGCUGUCUGAUUGUACAUGUGGUGAUGAGGGAUCGGUCAUUUGUGUGAGACAACAUGUAAUGGAGGCAAGAGAAAAGCUUAAAAUGGUGCUGGGGAAGGACAACUUUGAUGCUUUGGGUUUUUCUUACAUGGGAGAGAAUGUGGCUAGUAAAUGGAAUGAGGAAGAGGAAGUGCUUUUCCAUGAAAUUGUCUUCGCCAAUCCUCCAUCAUUGGGCAAGAACUUUUGGAACUAUCUCCCUCGGGCCUUCCCCCACCGUAGUAACAAAGAGUUUGUAAGCUACUAUUUCAAUGUCUUCAUGCUUAGGAAGAGAGCCAGGCAGAACAUGUCAGACACAUUGCCUGCUGAUAGUGACAACGACGAGUGGCAGGAAUGCGAUGAUUGUAUAUUUGCAAUGUCUGAUGAAGAUGAAGAAAAUUCAGUGUUGGAUUCUCUGACAAACAUAGAUAACCUUGCCACUGAUUGUCUUGGCCAUGAUGAAGUUGAUGUCCAUGAAGAGGAUGGCACUGAUACAUCUGACAAUGAAGAGGGAGACGAAGAUGACUGUGUUGCUGAUAUCCCUAAUGGAUGGGCCUCGGAUAAAUCAGGCAACACUUCCAUCGCUCACUCAAUGGAUGAAAAUUUGCUGAACAGCACGAAGGACCAAGGUGUUCUUGACGACUCCUGCAUGUCCUAUGAGAGCCAGCGUAAUUGGUCAGACUCUAGCAGUGAUCUCACCGGAGCGGGUGCAACCCAAGAUCAUCACCAUCUUCUUGAUAUGAACCGGAAUGAUAAUUUGAAUGAAUUCAUGGAUCAUGGCUAUCUCAUGGGACAUUCAUGGGAUAUGAAUUAUUUUUGUGUUCGAGAACAGCAAGUCGACUUCUCACCGACUGAUGUGAUUGAAGAGGUGUUUCAGAAUGAGACUGUCAAUAAUAACAAUGGUAGUAGCAACUAGAUUCUCCUCAAUUUCUGUGAGUUCAACAUCACCUUAGUCUUUUAUUUUUUUUUUGGUCUCAUUUUCAUCGUCGAUGUUCAUAUUUGUCUCUUCUACCGGUUAUGCUUCGCCACCAUUUGUUUGGCGAAAAAAUCAUAUUGCUUUAAUCCAUGUUUCUCCAUGCCCUGCUGAAUGCACCAGAACUGUUACUUGUAAAAUUCAGAAACUAUAACAUAUUCUCAUACAACCAGUGGAGAUUUUGGAA